AUGGAUUACUUGGUUCCUAGCAUUUACAAUCUAGCAAAAAAGUAUUACCAUAUCGAAUUGUCAUUAACGUUCUUUAUUUUUUUAUUUUAAUUUUUUAAAUGUGUGUUUCUGUUGUAAUCUUUGUAAGAAAUGAAACCGCACAAUUGACCAAUUAUUAUUCUCGUUCCGAUGUUGCUAUUUUUGCGGAAGGUAAAUAGCGGGGUAUUAAGUAAAACGGAUACGUUCUCGAAAAUGGAACUUUCACUAAAAUGUAACUAAAAGUAUAAAAAAUGAAGUUAUGGAAAAACAGGUUAAAAUGAAAGUCCCCGUCCUUACAGGAGUGGAUAAGGAAGUUUUUAGAAGAGACAUUUACCCGAUGCGAAGACCAGUGGUGCUUAGAGAUGUAGGCCUUGGACCAUGCCUGGACAAAUGGACAUUGGAGUACCUUACACAGAAAGGGGGUAACUGUGAAGUUAAGGUUCAUGUAUCCACUGUACCACAGAUGGACUUCUUGCACAAAAACUUUGUUUACAGAACUCUUCCAUUUGACAAGUUUAUCCAAAGGGCGGCAGAGAAAAAACACUCAGAUUUCUUCCUCUGCCAGGAUGAGAGCUAUUAUCUGCGUUCGCUGGGAGAGGAUGUCCGAAAGGAGCCUGCUGACCUCAGGAAACAGUUCCCCGAGCUGGCGGAAGACUUUCAUAUCCCAGAGUUUUUUGAAUCAGACCAGCUGUUCUCCAGUGUGUUUCGAAUAAGCUCAUGUGGCCUGCAGUUGUGGACACAUUAUGAUGUAAUGGACAAUCUGCUGGCUCAGGUGACUGGGAAGAAGCGUGUUGUGCUCUACAGCCCAGAGGAUGCACUGCACCUCUACCUUUCAGGUGACAAAUCUGAGGUUUUGGACAUCGACUCGCCAGACCUGGAGCGGUUCCCAGAGUUUGUGAAGGCCUGUCGGUACGAGUGUGUGCUGGAACCUGGAGACUUGCUCUUCAUACCUGCCCUGUGGUUCCAUAACACCCUGGCGUUACAGUUUGGUGUGGGCGUCAACAUCUUCUGGCGUCACCUUCCUGCAGAAAGGUACGACAAGAAGGAUCCCUAUGGAAACAAGGACCCUGUGGCAGCCACUCGAGCCCUUCAGACUUUGGAGAGAGCGCUACAUAUACUGGAUGAACUGCCGCCGGAUUAUCGCGACUUCUAUGGUCGCCGCAUGGUUUUACGCAUUCAGAACCGCACAUACUGUUCCCAGCAAGGUGGGGCAGCACAAGGAGACUAUGACUAAGAAUCCUAUAGAUGAAUGAGCCUUCUCUUCUCAAAUUCAAGGAAAAUUUUCAAUACUUACCUUUCUAGUCUAGUUAGAACCUCUAUACUUCUCAUCCAAUGGAUUGGAAAGAAAUUAGGAAAAAGGAUACAAGAUACAACAUUUAGUCAAUCUUCACUACUUAGAGAGCUUUGGCAGAACAUAACAUGCUAGUGUAGGCUACCGCUAGAUUUCUUAGCUUCUCACACUGAAAAAAGCAAGAACAUCAUCUCAGCAGGUCCAAGCUCCUUGGUGUUUUUUUUUUACAUGCCAACUGAACAAAAGUCCUAUACGUUAACAACCAUUUGGAAAAAAUGGGGCGGUUGGUCACCAUGGACCCUGUCCAUUAAAUGUCGUUAAUUUCUUCAGGCCUCAACACAAAGUGGGAGCAAACAUCCCUAAAAAUGUCUUUCAGUACAUACUGUUUAGCUAUAUAGAGGACUUAAACAAACAGAAUCCACCUCAGUUAGCUGUUAGUGUUAAGUCAUUGGCUGUGUUUGAGAUGAUUAACAUAAUGACCAUAAUUUUUAAAUACUACAUUGUUUAAACACAAUAUGUAAACAAUCAACAUGAAUUGGAAAUAAAAAAAGAAUGGAGUACACCACCAGUAGUUUCAUUCAAGGUCACGGUUAAAAUGCCACUGGAUUUGCUCUGAUAAAUGAGGAAAUACUUUGUACACAAUGUUUCUCAAAUAGACAAAAGGAUUAAUUUGCUCAGAUAUUCAUGGAAUAUUCCAACUAUCAUAACUAAAAUAACCUUGACAUCCUAUUUACGGAGUGGAAAAUCAUUGGUCAGUGUGGGUUGCAAUUGAUAUCAGCUUUGCAGGGGAUUUUUGCAUUACAUUGUGUUAGGUUACAAGCUCAGGCUUGUUUUUGGACAAUGCUUUCUUGAAAUAAAACUAAACUAUG